CCAGAGCCUUCUAGGGGUCAUACGAUGACUCCACCAAACCUGGCUUCAGAUUCGUAACCUUGGUGCCAGCCACCCGCAUACUGUCAAGUUCAUCCCCAGGAGCAUGCCAGUGGAUUCAGUAGAACCGUAUUACUUUUUCUCAUCAUAAUGAGGGAAAAGAAUGAGUCCGGUUAAGAGCCGUCUUUUCUUUUCUUUACUCAUUAGUUCUCGCGUUGGGUGAAAAGUUUGUAUUCCAUUUGAUCAAUUCCGUCGUCAUGUUCCCCCUUGUUGCUAGCAUAAGAGUGGAGUGAAUGAUAUAAAUGUUUGAACCCAAGCUUGAUACUUGAAAAUGCAAGAACAAGCUCGAAGUCAAGUGACAGGCGGUGCCAGCAAUAUUUGUAAUUUUGUCAGCAUACUUUGUCAAGAAUCUUAAGGUCAUUCUGGUUUCUGUUCGACGUUAAAAUGGAUGUGAGAACAAGGAGCAUCUUUUAGAUAGAACCUUUCAACGUUGGGACUGGCGAAAAAGUUCAUGCUGCUUGCUUCUGAGUGCAAUUAUUUGUGUUGUUGCUGGAGAUGGAAGCACAAAGCUCUCAACAUGCCCAAAUUACUGAAGUCAGUGGUGAUUUUCCUGAAGGAAGAAGAAAUCCCGGAGGAACCAAGAUUUGUGGGGAAGCACCAUGUGGAUUUGCAGAUGCUGGGUCCAUCUCAAAGGAUUCUAAAGAACGAUCAACAUCAAUGCGAAAGCUUUGGACUGCAGUGAUCCUCUGUGUCAUUUUCAUGAGUGUUGAAGUAUUUGGUGGCAUUAAAGCCAAUAGUCUAGCAAUUCUGACUGAUGCAGCCCAUUUGCUUUCAGAUGUCGCAGCAUUUGCCAUCUCCUUGUUCUCUUUAUGGGCUGCUGGAUGGGAAGCCACACCCCGUCAGUCAUAUGGAUUUUUUAGAAUAGAGAUUCUUGGUGCCUUGGUUUCUAUUCAGCUAAUAUGGCUGCUUGCAGGGAUUCUCGUAUACGAAGCCAUUGCAAGAAUCAUUGAUGGUUCUCACAAGGUGAAUGGCUUCUUAAUGUUUUUGGUCGCAGCAUUUGGUCUGGUGGUUAACAUCAUCAUGGCUUUGUUAUUGGGUCAUGAUCAUAGCCAUGGACAUGAUGAUCAUCAUCAUGGUUUAGGCCAUGGCCACAACCAUGGUCAUGGGUUUAAAGCGUCAACUCAUCAUGAUCAUCAUAGUGGUGAGGAUCACAAGCACCAUCAUCAUGAUGAAGAGGAUCCUCAACAUGAGCAUCAUCAUCAUUCUCAUGAGGAUGAUAAGCAUCAUCACAGUCAUGACAGUGCUGCUGAGCCACUUCUUGGUGGUGGAUCAAAAGACAAACCAGAAAAGAAGAGGCGAUGGAACAUAAAUGUACGAGGGGCGUAUCUCCAUGUUCUGGGGGACUCAAUCCAAAGCGUUGGAGUAAUGGUUGGGGGAGCUAUCAUUUGGUACAAGCCGGAGUGGCAAAUAGUUGAUCUAAUUUGCACUCUUAUUUUUUCAGUAAUUGUUUUGUUAACAACAAUCAAUAUGCUGCGAAGCAUUCUUGAAGUUCUGAUGGAGAGCACACCACGUGAGAUCGAUGCGACCAAGUUGGAGAGGGGUCUGUUAGAGAUGGAUGAAGUAGUGGCUGUUCACGAGCUGCAUAUAUGGGCAAUUACAGUGGGCAAGAUUUUGUUGGCUUGUCACGUUAAAAUCAGACCUGAAGCAGAUGCAGAUAUGGUGCUGGACAAGGUUGUAGACUACAUAAGGAGGGUUUAUAACAUCAGCCAUGUAACUGUUCAGAUAGAGCGUUAGCAUAUUUGUUUGGGUUCUGGGGAGUGAUGAUUUUUAGAGGGAAAGAUCUGGUUAGACUUUACGCAUUGUGUCGUUGCUACUCAAACCUUCUGUGUGGUGGCAGGGAAAAAUUUAAGCAGUAUCUUGUAUUAUCUCUUAUCAAGAAGCUCUGAAACUAAGAGUGAAGAUUCUUAUAUUUGUCAUGUUUUAGUUGUAGAAUUUGACAUGAGAGAUGUAAAGUGCUGCACUGAACUCCAGUACGUUAUAAUAAAUCUUGGCAUCCGAAUCACUAGAUUCGGAAUUGCAUGGCUGUAUGUAGUUUAGCAUGUAUCGUAAAUUCAAAUCCUUGCUUUUUCCCA